AUGGAUUCUUCAUCUUAUUCCGAGUCUACGUCGACGAAUGGUGGAGGGUCUGUUAUUCCAAUUUGCAAGCCUGAGUUGAGGCCUUAUGAAGGUCAAAAAUUUUCUUCUCUUGAGGAAGGAAUUUCAUUUUAUGAAAAGUAUGCUCAGGAGUGUUGUUUUGAUUGUCGAAGAUUUGGAAAUAGGUCUAGUGGUGGUGUUAUUAUUUUUCAGUAUAUUGUUUGCAAUAGACAAGGAUUUCAUACAGUAGAUUCGUUGGAUGUUGAUGUUAAUGUAUCUGAGGAUGGUAAUGUGUCUGAUGAUGAUGAAUUUGUUGAGGAACACAAUCAUACUAUGGUUGACAAAGAUCAUAAGAGAUUUAUGAAAGGUAAUCGGAGUUUGAAUGAUGUUCAUCACAAGUUUGUUGAAGAUUGCACCAAAGCUAACAUCGGUCCUACCUCUACUUUUAACUUAUUAAAGGAGUUUUUCGGUGGUUAUGAUGUUGUUGGGUGUACGUUGACUGAUGUUAGGAAUUGUUCACGUGAUAUUAAAGAGAAAUUAAAAGAAGUGGAUGUGCAAAUGAUCCUAAAUCAGAUGCAAGAGAAGAAGAGAAUUUGUGAAGGCUUUUUUUACAAAUAUCAAUUAUCACCUGAAGAUAAUAAGUUAGUGAGCUUAUUCUGGUCUGAUGCUGAGUCUCGGAAGCAUUACCACAUGUUUGGAGAUGUUGUAGCAUUUGAUACAACAUAUUCAACAAACAGGUAUCGUAUGGUGUUUGGUCCAUUUACCGGGAAAGACAAUCAUGGGUGUCCUAUUGCGUUUGGAGCUGGUUUCGUAUCCGGUGAGAAUUGUGAUGCAUUUUCAUGGCUUUUCACUGUAUUUGUUGAAUGCAUGGGUGUUGCCG